AUGGCGUCACCGUCGCCCCAAAUAGACAGUCACCGAGAGCAGGCUGAAAUUUACAAUGGGGAGGCUCUUUGCAAUCAAAAGGCGCGGGAGCUGUUCGAUAAGUUUCGUCUGCCCAAAGGACUGCUGCCUAUGAACGACCUGAAUGAGAUGGGGUUCAACUCCAUCACCGGCUUCCUCUGGUUGAGACAGCAGAAGAAAUCGGAAUUCAAAUUCAAGUCGAUCGGGAAAACUGUAGCAUAUGAAACAGAGGUGACGGCAUUUGUUGAGGAUCGUCGGAUGCGGAGGCUGACGGGUAUCAAAACAAAGGAGAUGAUGAUCUGGAUUACAAUUUCUGAUAUUUCUAUCGAUGAUAAUGACCCCACUAAGAUCACAUUUUCUAGUUCAUCGGGACUCUCCAAAACUUUUCCGGUGGAAGCUUUUGAAGAUGAGGACCAGAGCAAAUGA